GAUAGAGUAACAAAGGCAGAUAGCAAUAGCAAAAGGAAACGAACAGUGAGCGAGCGCGUCCCUUUUCUUGUAAAACACAGCGUUAGAAAAAUUCCGAUAGAGAAUCUGUGAUUUGUGAAAUUAAAUGAAUUAAUAUUAGAAAAAGCUAAAAAAUAUAUUAAAUUUUGUGAAAAAAACAUUCCAAUUUCAAUUUUGCAGUAUUAUAACAAGUUUGGAAUUAGGUGCACAAGUUCAUUGGUACAAAUAAGUGAAGAAAAAUUGCUUUCUAUUUUUCGCUGCCGCAGUCGGUUCGGCUAGGUUGUGUCGUUUUUCGUGUUCACUGUUUUUUUCGUUUUUGCUGAACUUCUAAUGGGACAUAUCGAAAAUAUAUUAAAUGUGGAAAAUAUAGUGUAACUAAAAAAUAUAUAAAAACUGCUGAUCAUGGCGUUGGAUGGAGCAAAAUUUAUUUGUCUGUCCGAUGCAGCAGCUGCAGACGCGACAGAAACGACGCCGACAACAACUACAGGGGUUGAAGCCGGCGGCAUCGGUGAUGCUUCAACAUCAGAGAAUAUAGUAAUUGAAGCGAAAGGACGCAAAUUCACUAUUGGAUACUAUAUGAACUGUGAUUAUGUACUGGAAGAUCCUCGUGCAAUCGGUGUUCACUGCGAGAUACAAUGCGAUGCUUUCGGCAGGGUAACAAUUCACAAUAACUCCGAAGCAUAUCCAGUAAGUGUAAAUGAACAAAUUAUAACAUUAAAGCGGCCUCUUUUGGACGGUAGUCGCAUUAAGAUCUUGGAUAGAAUAUUUUUGUGGAAGUUCCCAAAGCCAUUGGAGGUAACUGCAAUCAGCAAGAACUCACAAGACGAUGGCGUUAGAAGUAACGAAGAUGUUUGUACACCUCAGAAAUUGGUAGCCGUACCGGAACAAGCCCCAAAUUCUUGCCCCGAUCUUAAACAUCAUCGCAAGGUGGAUAAAAGGUUCACAGUACAUAACUUUGCGUACUGCAUCAACUCUGAUGAGGAAGGCAAUACAUCUUCCGAAUUGCCAAGUAUAAAUGAAUCGGAGAUUGCUGAAGAAGCCGCAAUAAGCGAAAUAGUUGCACAAAAGGAAUCCAAUAAAAACGAAGGAAUGUCCGAGGAAGAUAAAGAGAUCUUGCCAACUAGUAUCGCAUCACAAGACAUGGUUGUUGACAAAACAACAUUAAAAACUUCGAAUGUCGAACGCCGUAGCAUUACACCAGAGCCACAAAACAACGAGCCAACUAUUGCCAGUACCCCCUUGAUAAAAUUAGAGGAUACACCGAAAAUGAAUUUAAUUAAUUGUACCCAAAAUAAAGAAAACAGAAGUACCGAAAAGAAACUACGACUCCUAUCAUUUUGUCAGCAAUCUGAUGUGGUGAUUACUUCUUUUUCACCCCGCGAAGCCGGUGUACGUAUCGAAAAAUCGUUUACAGCAGUGGUUAAACCUGCAACUCUCGGUUUUACUACACCUAAGAGCGUUUACAGCACUCCGAAAAGUAUGCUUUCUGAUUAUAACGAUGGUGAAAGUCUUAAUUUUAUUGACUUCGCCACACCGGCAACAUCGAAGAAAAGUGCAGGGAUACUUGCAAGAAAUUCUUCUAUGCAUUUAAUCGAUUUAACUACGCCUAGUAAAUUGGGACCCGACAUCGCGCGCAAUCGGUUGGCACAUAAGGGAAAUAAAACACUACCUAGCCACGUAAAAUUAUCAACAACUCCAAUCUCCUCUGAUAAGUUAAAAGACGAUUCUGCGCGGAGGACUCCAAAGCUGGGAACGUUACUCAAUAAAUCUGAGUCCACCCCUCAAAGUGCUGAGUCUGUUAUAAGUGUAGAUGAAACUAGUGAUUCAUCAGCUGGUGUUAUUGAAAUACCUGAUGACUCGCCAGCACCUAGCACAUCUUCGCCAGUUCGGAUAGGCUUUAUCACAAAGACACCACAGCGAUCAACCGGGCAGAAACCUUUCACUUCUACACCAUUGCCUACACCACAAUCCCUAUUAAAACGUGCCAUAGUAACAAGUGCUAAAAAGCAAAUAAACUCCUCAUUGCGAACUGCACUCGGUAAAGCAACACCAACUCGACAGCUAUCAUCAACACCAGCUCUUAAUAGAAAGAUGAAUGCAACAGAAACUUCGGAAACAACUUCAUCAACACCAAAAAGUCGAAUAUCUAUUGGCUCUCCUGGAAGUGUUGCUGCGGCACAGCGACGAAGUGUCAGUUCUUUAACACGGCGCAGUUCAAUAGCUACCACUCACAACAGGGAACAUGUAACUACCCCCUCGUCUACGUCAGUCACACGCCUUACACAAAAUAAAAAAAUUACAGCAUCCACGUCUCGAUUGAAUACAGGAAAGCGUACCUCUCCACUGCGUGGAGUACGUAAAUCAUUGGGCGGCACAACACUCACAUCGCAUAUUUCGAAGACGCGUCGUUCGGUUAUAUCACCGCGCAAACAUUCACCAACAUCCAUCGCUACAAAAUUGGCAGCAAAAGCUCGUAAAUCAUUUAUACCCAAUAGUACAAACAAUAGGCAAGUGACUUCGCGCGCCCGCAGUUUGGUAGUCGCAGCGGUAAGUUCAAAAAAUAGCACAUCAAAUCCAAAUACGACUGCCGCUUCCCUACAGAAAAAAGAUGAUGUUAAGACGGUAGAAAAAACGACUGGAAAAGAAGAAGUUAAGAAUGAAGAAUCCUUGGAGGAACAAAAUGAAGUAGGCGAUUUGAGUCGUACUUUCACAGUGGAUGAUUCGUUGGAAGAGGUGGAAAUUAAAACCUCAAUGCCUUCAACACCCUGUGUUCUAGGCACUUCUACAUCACAAAAGCAGGAUUUGAAUAAAACGUGUUCCCCUGAAAAAUCAGUAACGGCGAGUGAAUGCAAAGUUGCACUCGACGUAACGGUAGAUAUUGCAGAAAGCAGUAGUGAAUCACAAAAAGAGUGUAUAUCAGAAGAUUUAAAUAACAAAGACAAAAUAAUAAGUACUGAACACAUAUCUGAGAGUUUCGCUGAAGUUGUAGAAACGGACUUAAAAAUAGAACAGAAAAUUAAGAACCCUGAAAUUUUAGUAAACCCUGUUAAGGUCGAACAACAAAAUGAUACCGUUGAUGAAAGUCCUAAAGUAAUUGCUUCUAUAUCAGAACAGCAACAGGAUUCAAAAUUGAUUGAAGAACAAGUUAUUGAAACAUUGGAUGCUGGUGAGAUAAGUGGCAAUAUUUCGGUAGAACAGCAAGACAAUUCCAAAACAGAAGCUCACGUUCUUACACCACCCUCUUCUAGUGACACAAUUGAUUCCGAAGAUAUGCUCAAGGUGUCUGGUGAAUCACAAGGCACAGCGGAGUUGUUGGAAGAGAUCGAGUAUGUAUUAAAUAAGUCCGAUGAAUUGCAGCAGCAGUUGAGUAAAGAUGUACAUACUUCAAAAAUUGAAAUAACCAAUGAAUUCGAAGCAGCAAUCGAACGCACCUCAAGUGUCAAAACGGAAAAUAUUACAACUAAGAAUAAUACUGAGACUGAUGCCAAUAUUAAUGUCAAAGAUUUGGAAACAAUUGCUAAGGGUGAGUUGACAAUAUCUACUUCACAAUCCGUAGUACCUACUUCAACCGAUAGAUCAGAAUCACAAGAAGAUGCGAGCUCCAUUGACUCCAAUAUGAUAGCAACAGCGUCUGAGAUAACAUCAACUGAUCUCGAUGCAAGCUCAAUACAAACAGAAGUAUUAUCUAUUACAUCUAUAGCUACGCCCAGUGAGUUUGAAGUGUCUACUAUUGAAAGCAGUUCAGUGGAAAAGUCAAUAGUGUCCGAUGAACGAGAAACACUCGACGAAAAUACAGAAAGUUCAAACCCAAAAAAUCAGAAAAUUGCGGUUGAUUUAGAAGCGAAAGUGUGCGAAAAUGACACUCCACUCAAGACGGAGUUGUUUGUAGCUCACGAAGCGGAGGCAGAAUCUGUAGCUGAGGCAGAGUCAACCACCGACGAGGUGAAAGAUAUUGCUCCCACAAAAAUUAAAAACGCUGAUGAAGAUUUAGAAGCGAAAGUGAGCGAAAAUAACACUCCCGUCAAGACGGACUUGUUUGUAGCAGACGAAGCAGAGAUUGCGUCAACCACCGAAGAGGUGAAAGAUAUUGCUCCCACAAGAAUUGAAAACGCUGGUGAAGAUUUGGAAGCGGAAGUGAGCGAAAAUGACACUCCCGUUAAGACGGAGUUGUCUGUAGCAAACGAAGCUGAAACAGAAUCUAUAGCUGAGGUAGAGUCAACCACCGACGAGUUGAAAGAUAUUGCUCCCACAACAACUGAAAACGCUGGUGAAGAUUUAGAAGCGAAAGUGAGCGAAAAUGACAGUCCCGUCAAGACGGAGUUGUCUAUAGCAAACGAAGCUGAAACAGAAUCUAUAGCUGAGGUAGAGUCAACCACCGACGAGUUGAAAGAUAUUACUCCCACAACAAUUAAAAACGCUGGUGAAGAUUCAAUUGAUAAAUCGAAAGUUGAAGUAGUCCCUUCCAUAAAUAUUGCAGAAGUUUCAAAGGAUUCUCAAACCACAGAAGAAGCUGAACAAACUCAAGCAGUUGUCAUAACACAAACAGAACCAAGUGUUGUUGAUAAUGACAUCCAAAAAACUGUUGAUAAGAAAAAAGAAACAGAGGGCCAACCAAAACCCAUUACAACUGAAUAUCAAGAAUCUGAGACUGGAUCUUGUUGUAAAUCGAUAACAGCGGAAUCAAAAAUGGAAUUUAAAACAAUUAAAGAUGCGGAAAAGACUAUCGAAGAAACUAAGUCUUUAUCAAAUAGCAGCGAACCUAUCGCUGUUGUAUCUGAAUCGGUUUCUGUUACAGAGGAAAAAACAAAGCCCAACGGAGAAAAUCAAAUAGCUACAAACAGUGAGCGAAAUAGUGAUAGUGAGAAAGAAAAUAAAAUACUUAUCGAAGAAGGCAAACAAAUAUCUACAAGCACUGUCGACGAAACAAAUAAAAUUUCGUCUUCCGAACCCAAACUUGGCAUACGAGACAUGUUACGCACCACAAAGCAAAAAGAAGUAGUGGCUUCUCGUUUUGUUGGUUUGCGUGACCUAACCGGCACACCAAAGGCAUCAACUAGUGCUGCAGCUGCUAUUGUAGAAAACGACGGCGAAGAGUUGAAAGGCGUGCAGAAACUGCUGAAAACACAGCAUUUUGGCAAAAUAAAAACCCAGACUCCACAAAAGACCGCAGAAGACAGCAAGUUCACACCAAGACGCAGUACAAGGCGAAGAUCUUCGGCAAAUCCCGAGCUAAUACCUACUCCGAAAUCCGUUACCGAAACAGACGAUACGCCGCGUCGCACCACUCGAAGACGUGCAUCAGCAUCUGCCGAAGUUAACUACACGCCACAACGUAUUACGCGCAGGCGCUCAUCUUUGGCAUUAGAUAACGAAGGUGUAGGUGAAAAGGCUUCAACGCCAAUUAAACGUGUGGGUUUACGUGCCAAACGCCCAGGCACAAUAGCUGACGUCCCAGUCGCUGAAGACAUGGGCGCAAUUAUUGAAGAGGAGCCUAAAGAGUGUGUGCAAGAGUCGACUGUCGGCCAACAAGACUUUGUGGAAAUUCAGAAGCAAAAGGAUGAUGUAAAAACUCAAACUAUUGUGCUUAACAUUCCUGAAGUUAUUGAGGAGAGCAUUUGUGAAGAAGUUAAUACACAGAAACAAGAAGAAUUGGUGGAAGUUAAAGCAAAUAAUGAGUGUGAGAAGAGAGAUAAGUCAACAAAUGAGCUCGAACCAAUUUGUGCUACUGAGAAGCUGGGCGAAGAUGUCGAUAAAGCUGCAGAUGCCACUGAAUCUCAAUCUCAACAAAUACAAAAAGCACAAGUAGAAGAAGUUGUAGCAGAUAAUUCAUGCAACGUUAGUGAAGUACAUAAAGAAGACCACUUCACAGAAACUAAAGGCAUAACCACAGAUAAAACUGCCGAAAUACUUGAUGAAUCAGAUUAUGAAUAUGGCAAAGAGGUCAUGGAACAGAGUGCAGAAACAGCCUUGCCAGAUACCCAACCGAAAACACCUAAACCAGUACGUAAAUCUGUCAGAAUUGCCGAUACCAACAUAGCAGAAUCACCGAAAACACCUGUAAUGGUCGGCAUGCGGGAGCUAUUGAAAACACCGAAAGAUUGCCGUGACACACCAAAGUUGAUUGGUGUACGGGAACUGGUACGCACACCCAAAACAAUAGUUGCCUCAAGAACAACGGAUGAUGUCGAUGAUGUGGAACGAUUAACAGGGUUAGCCGAUUUGAUGAAGACACCUAAAGUUGUGAGACAACACUGUGAGAAGGUUGAAGCUACAAAAGACGACGGUGAGCCCUCCACAUCAAGCAAGGCUCUUUCCGACUUUAUCGGUAUGCGAGAGUUAUUGAAAACGCCCAAACACACCAGCACGCCAUAUUAUAGCGGUAUGCGCGAAAUGUUACGCACACCAAAAGCUUGCAGCACACCGCAAUUAGCUGGAGUAGGGGAACUUAUGCAAACCCCUAAACGUACUAAAUUAAAUGUCGAAUAUGAUGACAAAAACGAAGAGUUAGAUCAAUUCUUUAAAACACCACGAGCUAAAAAUAUUAUGAUUCCUGCUGAUCCGGCGAGUGCCAUUUUGGAACCCAGUUCAGAUUCUUCAGCUGAAAUAAUGAUGGCUGCAACAACGGAAUAUGAUCUGCAUAGCAGCUGUCAGCGUCCUCUUGAAGAUAUCUACAAAACGCCCGUGAGCGCACGUUUAACAAGUGUCAAAAUUGAACAAAGCGAGAAAAAAGCUAGCGAAAUUAAUAAAGAUAGAAGAUCGACUGACACAACAAAUGAAUUCGAAGUGAGCGUACCUGAAACACCGGCGGCUAAUUAUGAUAAGCCACAGAAGGCAACAACUAGCAAUCGAAAUCUCUCCGCUGAAGAAGCAUUUGAUGAAAUGGUCGGUAUGCGUACAAUACUAGAUGAUACGCCGCCUCAAAAGGUCUAUUCUCGUAAGCAACAAUCAAUCGUUGCUAUCUCACCCUUCUCAGCAACAGAUGUGAUUUCUGAUUUACCUAAAACCGACAUACAGGAAUGGGUCGACAAUUUGGAACAAGAAGCCGAAUCUGUUGUUGAAGAACAAGAAUUUACUGCAUCCACUUCAAUAUUGGACGCAUCGAAGGCAACACGUGAUCCUAUUGCGACAUCGAUUUAUGAAAUAAGUGACGCCAGUGGGAAUAAAGACACUACGGAGGAAUUACUGGCGGAUAUGAGUGCGGUGUCCUCAAUGGUUGAUCCAUUGCAGCCAAGUGCAAAAAAAUCACCUAAAUCUGUGCUAACAAUUGUCGUCGACGAAAACGAGACAUUACGACCAGUUACGCCCAUCAAUACCGAAAUCAGUGGCAUCAAUUUGCUUGACCAGACAAACGAAUCAGUGUUCUCGGAACCAUUAGUUGUGAGCGAUACGGAGUCUGAACAAUUGGAAGAAAAUGGAAAUGAUGAAGUAGAAACAGAAAAGACCAUUAACAAGAGUAGGGAAGAGUUCCCAAUAAUGUUUGUCGACAGCAGUGAUUCAGAACUAGAAGAAGAUGUGAAAACCAUUGAAAAAUCGGACGCAAAGAAAGCUGAGGUUAAAUCUCCAAUUGGAAGUGCGAAACCAAUAGAAGUCAUAGCGUUAGAUGAAGAAUCCUCUUCAGACGUAACAACAAAACCAAGUGAUAUUCAUGAGGAAUUCAGUAACUUCCAGGCUCAUAAAAAUAUUGCAGGCCAACAUAUGCGUGCCUCCACACCGAAUCGAAGUGUAGUGCAAGCCACAAGAGAGCGCCGACAAAGUAUGGGUGCUGAGGAACUGAUUACUGAGGUCUCUAUUAAUGUCCAAUUGGAAAAAUCUCGGUUGACUAAGGAAAAGUCAGCAGAUGCUACAACUGCAAAAGACAAUUUACCGAAAAUCGAAGAAGAGUCUGUCGAGACAUCAGGGAAAGAAACUGAUGUUACAAGUGUAAUUCCAGAUGAAGAAAACCCUACAGCAGUAACCACUGCAUCAAAAGAUAGUGAAUCAGAAUUUAGCAAUUUCCUUGCAAAUAAAUCAAUCACCAGCCGCGAAAAGCGUGGAACGACUCCAGAUCAAGUGAAUAAGUGCCAUUCGCAGAAAAUAACCAAAGGCCGUCGUCUAACCUUAGGGGCUGAACUUCAUUUACCCAAUACAACAAUUGAUUUUGGGGAAGAAAAAUUAAAAUUGGAGCAAUUGAAACAACAACCACCAUGCAUCGAUGAAAGUCCACUAGAAAGAGAUGAUUCAUUUAAUACUGAGGUCGCGAAAGUAGCUGAAACUGAAGACAAUGAGGCUGACAUUAAAAUCUCGGCGUCUGAGCCAAAUGACACAAAUAACGUAGACGAAGUAGAAGAUGAAAAUAAAGUUGAUGUUAAAACCCAAAUGGAUAGUGAAGAAAAUACAAGUGAAAUUGAAGGGAAUAUAUUGGAUAAGUCUUUAAAAGAAACUGAGAAAGUUUCUGAUGAACCAGGAAAAGAUUCAGUACAAGAAUUGGAGACUGAAAAUUCGUCAGCGGUCAAUCAACCACCAUGUAUCGAUGAAAGUCCACUAGAAAGAGAUGAUUCAUUUAAUGCUGAGACCACGGAAGUAGCUGAAACUGAAGAAAAUACGGCUGGCGAUAAAUUUGAUGUUAAACCCCAAUUGGAAAAAGAAGAAACUGCGAGUAAAGAAAAUAUAUUUGAUAAGCCUUUAAAAGAAACUGAGAAAGUUUCUGAUGAACCAGAAAAAGAUUCAGUACAAGAGUUGGAGGCUGAUAAUUCAUCCGCGGAGAAACAACCAACAUGUAUCGGUGAAAGUCCAUUGGAACGAGAUAUUUCAUUUAAUGAUGAGACCACGGAAGUAGCUGAAACUGAAAAUAAUACGGCUGACAUUAAAAUCUCGGCAUCUGGGCCAAAGGAAUUCGCAAAUGACACGAAUAGCGCAGAGGAGGUAGAGGAUGAAGAUCAAAUUGCUAUUAAAACUCAAAUAGAUAGAGAAGAAAAUGCGAGUGAAAUUGAAGAAAAUAUAUUGGAUAAGUCAUUAAAAGAAACUAAGAAAGUUUCGGAUGAACCAGAAAAAGAUUCAGUACAAGAUUUAGAGACUGAAAUUCCAUCAGCGGAUGAUGAUGAUGCUCAAACAAUUGCAAAUGUAGUUGAACUCUCAGCAGAGGAAUCGCAAAAUUAUGUAAUGACUUCGGAAAAUGUAGAAGCGAAUAAAGAUGGUGUUUGUGAAAGUCCAGCCGUUGAAGACAUUAUAACUGUUGCAACCAUAAAGGAAGAUAAUGUAAGCCAAGCUGAAAUUAUAGACUUUGAAACUACAAGUAGCAAUCUUACCCGUGAGGCAUUAAUCGGUGAAGAGGAAACAAAACCUAAAGAUACUGAGAAAACUACAGAAAGUUCAGUGUCAGAACCGAAAUCAGGAGAUGCUGGAAAUAAAUUAGAAGAAGAGUUUGAAAGUACCGAUGUAGAAGAAAUAACCUCUAUAGAGUCAACAAAAGAAGAACAUGAAAAAAUGACCGUAAAUACAGAUGUAAAUACAGAUGAUACAACAACAACUACCCUUACGGAAAAUACAACUAAGACAUCCGAAGAAAAGAAAUCCGAAAUAUCAAAUGAUGCAAACGAUAAAGCAGAAGUGCAAUCAACUAUUUCUAUCGCAGAAAUCAGAACUGCAGAGCAGAAUUCGGAAGACACUCCUUGUAGCACAAAAGCUGAGGAAAUUGAAGCCGAAGCCUUACCAAACAUUGAAAAUGAAAACAAAGCUGAAAAAGAAGGAAACCACCAAGAGACCAAUAAUAUUGGUCUUGAAGCAACUGAGUCCCAAGAAGAAUCAACUGAAGUAGCAUUAGAAGCUGAUCGGGAUGAGUUCAACGAGAGUAAUAUAUUCGAUUUAACUGAAGAGUUGUCAAAUGAAACACCGACAAUUAACACAACACAAGGCGUUAUAUCGGAUUUAACUGGAGAAGAUGUCGAAAGUAUAGUGGAAACAAACACUGCCGAAAUGGCUACGCAAGAUGAACAAAAGUUGCAUGACGUAACUGAGCCUAAACCAGUAUCUCCAGAGGCUGAUAAUGCUACUCAAACUUUAAAACCAACAGAAACAGCGGAAGAUAGCAAGGAAACCGUUGAAAAUAACACAAACGAAUCCUCUAUUGAAAGCACAUCCAUCAAGGCAGACCCGGAAAUAUCAUUGAGUAAGGAAGUUCCGUGUCACAUCGAAAUGAUCGAAGAUCCAGUAAAAACGACAGCUGUUAAAGAAUUUAAAGCCACCACUGAUGAAACAUUGCGACCUGACACAAAUACAAGUACGGAUAAUGAAGCGUUCACUUUAGCCGUAUCCAUUGAAUCAGAAUUGGAAAAUGUCGAUGAAAUGUCCGAAGUGACAGUAGUACAAGAACGAAACAAUCAACCGGUUCAAGCUGACAUUACAGAUGUUGGUGAAAAUACAUGCAAUACUAUUGGAGAAAAUGAAAGCUUGUUCAUGGAAAAUAAAGCUAUAUCCCAAAGUAAAAACAAAGAAGCUGAAGUCCAUAGUAAUACAGAAGAUAUUACGGAAAAACCAACGGUAAUAAGUACAAAAGAGUCAACUCAAUUUGCUAAGCUAGAAACAGAGUUGAGCGAAACACACAAAUUAACUGAAGAUAAGAAAGCUGAAAAUGAGUCAGAUAACAUCUCGUCUAAUACUUCUACGGCAAAUGAAGCGGAAACCGUCGACACUGACAUUGAGGAAUGUGUAGUGCCGGAAGUUGCGGAAGAAACAAUUUCACCAACAGCGGUUGAACCAGAAAUUGCCAACAAAGAAACAAAUGAAUACGAAGCAAUUGAGGAAGUGCAUGAAGCAGAUAACGAAAGUGAGCAAUCACCAAAAAAAGACCCCGGCGUUGGGUCUGCUGGACUCGGAGACGAAGUGAAAGAAGAAAUUGCCGCUGAAAUCCCCGAGGUGAUAGUACAACAAACUCCCGUAAAUCAAAGAAAGUCAGAAAUAAUUGAAGAUACUGGAGCACAACCUCUGUAUUCAAAACAAACGGACAAAGAAAAUGAUGAGGAUGAAAUUAUACCACUCAAUGCCAAUAAGCAAACUGUGGAAACUGCCGACGAAGUUAAAGUACCUAAAGAAGUUUCUCAUAAAAGUACCGUAGUAGAGGAAUCUGUUAAAUCAAUUGAAGAGGAAGUGCAGACCGAAACAAAUAAAGAAGAACAGGAAAUUGAAAUACCAACAUUCAGUGGAAAACAACAACCAGCAAAGCAGAAGGAGGAAGAAGAACCUACUUGUGAGUCAACCCUCGAAAGUAAACCAUCAAUUGAGGAAAAAGUGAUAUCUGACGCUCAACCAUAUGUAGGUGCAGUGGAAGAAAGAAAUGAUAAAGAGACAGAUGCAGUAGAAUCACCAGCAAGUACAAAGUCUGAAGUGGACCAAAGUUCAAAAGUUGUUGAAAGCGCAGAAGUUGUUUCUCAAAUUUCUGUUAAAGAUGAUUCAGAUCUUAGCGAAAAUUUGGAAACGGUAGAAGUGUCCGUUAAAACACAAAUACCUGCUAAACGCAGAGGUCGCAAACCAUCUCGUUCAAAACAACAGAAGAAAGAAGAAACCACGAUAACAACUGAAAAGACAACACCGCUUGAAGAACUAGAACUUUCAGAUGAGAAAAAAGGCAUUACUGUAACAAGCAACUUUGAAGAAUCUUCCUCUGAUGCAGUGCAGACUACUGCCGAUGCAGCCGUUGCAACCUCAACACGUCACAAAACAGAAAAGGAAUUUUACAAAAAAGUAAACUAUGAGAUAUGUUUAUCGGAGAGCGCAGAAACGGCCCAUGAUGUCAAGACUGAUAAAACUGUAGAUCUUGAAUUGCCAGACCAAAGCGAGAAAUCGAUAAUAGAUGAUAAUUGCGUUGAGCAAUCGGAAGUUUUGGAUAUUGCAUCAGGCACUACACUUCACAAAGCAACUGAUGCUACUGAAACUAAUAGUAAAGCUGAGGUAGUGCAUGAACCAAGACGAGCACGACGCAUACGAAAAGCCUCUCAAUCCAGUCAUAGUUCUGUGCAUGAUGAAGAUCAUCUACCGACAACCACCAGACGGCGCGGUGGACGUCGACGAGCUGACACUCCACUUGAGAAUAUUGCAACUGAGGUCACGACCUCCGAAACGCCAACAGUUAAGCGUCGACGUCAGAGUCAAGACAAAGCAGUCGAGAAUAAGCCGAUAAAAGAAAUACAAGUGGUACAAAUUGAUGAGAGUGAAAUAACAACUGUCGAAGAAGAUGUAAUCGAAAUCCAUAAUACUUCGGAAGAGAGUGGAGCAAGUAUAGAAGACCACAGUGGAAAAACUAAUAAUGACGUCAUAAAGGCAGAUGACGAUCAACUAGAGGAAGCCGUAAGUUCUACUACGAGCAAAGAGCAAAAUGUGGAUUCGGAAAAUUCCACAUUGAUAAAGGGCCCAAACAGGCGACGACGUAUGGCGAAAGCGGGAGAUAAAAUCGGUGGUGGUGUUGUUACAGAUUCACAUCACAGUGAUGUUGAUGAAUUGUCAAAUGAGCCCACUGCUACAAAACGUAGUAGACGCAAGCAGACUGUUUCUGAAUCAAGUCAAACUUCAGUCACGAUUGAAAAUGCAGAAUCUCAUACCACAAAACGUCGAAGACGCGGAUGUAAUGCAACCUCGGAUAAAUCCACUAUUAACGAAUCAACGGAAGAUACUGAGAAUAGCAUAUCGCAUAAAAAUGCAGAAACCUCUCAAAGCAAAGAAGAUGAUACCACCAUUGUGCCGGAGCUUCCAACCGGAGCGGAAGUCUUAGAAAAUGAGGUGUCAAGUGUUGCUGAAGACGUCGCUAAAAGAGACCCUGAUGUUGUCAAAACAGAGACGAAAACAGAAGAAGAUCAUAGUGCAGCUGCAGAUACCUCGAAACGUACGCGAAAUAAGCGGAUACACAAGACUGAUGAAACAAACGAUAUAAAGACCGAGCCGCAUGAUCAGAAGGCAGAUGUUGAACUGGAUGAACCAUUAAAGAAUAUCGCUGUAGUUAGUACCGCACGUGUAAAUCGGCGUAAGAAAGGCGAAACAGAUGAUGAGCACCAUGACAAAACAGAAGAAACUAAAGUUUGCAAAGAUGAAGGAAUCCAGGAGAAGGAAACACAAAACACUCUGGAAGUUACCGAAAAAGCCGUUGUAGAGACGACAAAUACAAUUGCAGAAUCUGUAGGUGGCCGGCGGGGACGUCGGGGAGCUGCCGCUGCUGCCACAGUCGCAAUUAAUGAGGUAUCUUCAGCUCAUAAACGAGGUGCAUUGCGUGGUAGGAGCCAUCAAAAUAAAUCACAAGCAACUCGAAAAGAAGAGGAAACUAAGGUUGCGGAUACAAAGCUGCAAAUUGAAACUGCUACCGAUCAUGAUGAUCCGACUAUUGUUGAGGAGAAAAAACAACAAAAAUCUGUGCGUAGACGCCGUAUUUCUUUAAAAGAAAUUCAGACAUCGCACGGUGAUACAGAAAAAGAAGGCGACGGUGUUGAAAAAAUUGAAAUGGAAGAUGAUGUUGGGCCUUCGAUGAAGAUUGCACCGAAACUUUCACGCAAGCGUCGUGAGUCGCAACACGCGGAUGAACAACAGACACUUAAUGACGAAGCGUCCGCAUCUGCACCAACUGAGACUGCCUCCGUAGUGCCAACGAAACAACGUGGCAGACGUAAGCGCAAGGAUUCACAUCAAAGCCUAAAUGAUAUAGUUGUUGGUGAUGAACCACCGAAGAAACGUCCACUUAGUCGUAAGCGUCGCGAUUCUUCGUUAGAUAGUAGUAUACACGAAGGAACUGGCAUGGAUACAGACAUCAAUCAUGGAGCCAAUACUUCAUCCUCCUCAACGACGCCACAGCGUCCACGGCGCGCAGCUGCUGCUCAAGAUCGCAACUACGACGAGAGUUCAGAUGCUGAGGCGCAGGUCGACCUCAAGCGCCGCAUCGAGAAAGCUUCUUUACCAAAAGCUAGUACAAGUUCUAUCGCCGCAACAACUGCGUCUUCAUCGAAGCAGAGAAGUCCCACAACAGCUAAAACGCCUACAAAAGAUAUGGUGCCGGCAGAAAUAGCAGAAAUUACAGCUAAAACAACGAGCACACCUAUACUAUCUACAGUAAUCACCACAAGUCGUGGGCGUCAACGCAAACCCACCGCACGCGUACAGCAGUACCUUGAAGAGGAACGCGCCAAAGCCGAAACGCCGAAGAAACGUUUGCUGAUAGGUUCUGCGGCAGUCGGUGAUACACCCACAUCACAGACCGUAGGUACACCUGCACGUCGCACACGAAAGGCUUCUACUGUUGACAUGGUAAUGUCUGAAACGGUACACACGCCUGCUCGCAGUCGAACGCGCACCGCAAAGACGUUGAAUGUUGCAGAAACUUCGGAGGAAUCACGUUCCGAAGUAGAGCAUACGCAUUCCGAGUUGGAAACCACACACAGUAGUAGUCAUGUAGAAGAAAAAGAGCAAACAACAAAAGCAAAUGUUGCAAAACGACCGACACGUGGUCGUGGCAAACAUCCAAUAGCCGCAGCAGUAACCGCAACUGUCGAAAAUGAAAUGUCCGCCGAGCCGACAGAAGCGACACACAGUGGUCGUGCGGGACGCGCCGCUAAAGCAGCAGCUGCGGCGGCAUUAAUAACCGACGAUCCGAUUGGAUCACAUACAAAGGCGCGUGGGGGGCGUACACGACGUGGUGCAGAUAUUGUCGCCAACGAAGUAGUACAGCCGAGCGAUGCCGAAGUGAAAGAAGUGCGAACCGAGGUAGUAGUAACAACAGCAACAGAUGUUGAAGAAACAAAUAAGAAAACGAGAAAAGUUGCGACGGGUGCACGUAGCAUUCGAGGCGGCCGUGGUCGCAAAAAACAACAAGACCACGAGGACGACAUAGAUGAGCACACAACGCAACACUCAACGUUGGCUGAAGGUGAAGCAAGCAGAAUUGAUGCUUUGCAGCAGCCACCACAACUUCCAAUAAUCGCAGAUGCUGAUGAUGAACAUGAAGACGAUGAAGAAGCGCUUACAACGGAGGCAGCAGACAUUGAAGUGGCCAAAUCGCUUGCUGAUGCAAAAUUGGCCGGAAAGAAACGUACUGCAGCUACGCGAAAAGCGGCAGCUGCCACGGCUAGAACAGCGGAGUCUCCGGCACCCAAGCGUGGGAGACGUCGUGCCGCUGCCGCUAGUGUAGAAGAAGAUGAUGCCAUCUCACAUUUGGAUACACGAGCCGAGAGCGCCGCCAGUAGUCGAAGCCGCAAAGUGGUACGUUUUGACGCCGCCACACCGUCAAGCAUGGCCAGUGGCACGAUGUCGGUGGAUGCAGCAGCCGAAGAAGCAGAAGAGCCCACAUCAGCGCCUACUGCGCCGGCAAAACGGGCCACACGCUCACGCCGGAAGUGAAUGGGCGUGGCAGAACAAUAAAUAACAAAUAUCUAGAAUUAGUCGCACGUAUUAACAUUUGUUUUAAGCAUUUACAGAUUUUUUCCUUUUUCAUUAUAAUUGACUACCGAUAUAAUGUUUAAUUUUCUUAAUUAAUAUAUUCGCUUUGGUCGUGCAUACUCCAUAAUUCGAAAGCUCAACAGCAAAUUGCACCACAAAUGUAUACAUGCUCGAGCUUUUUAUUACAAAUCAAUUAUGCACUGAUACUUCGAUUUCAUCAUUUUCUUUUAAACAUUUUCAUUCUAUUAAUAUCUAUCUUUUAUAUUGCUAUUCUAUUGUACUUUAUGUUUUAUUCAGAUUUCGUUUCAAACUCUUUGUAUUCCAAAUGAAAAUAACAAGAACUAAAAAAGACAAAAUUAAUAAUUAUAAUGAAAUAUAUAUUUGUUUUGCCGUCGGCAUUUAGCAUAGUAGAUAUACAUAUAUACACUUACUCUACCAUAAAUACAAACUAUGAUUAAAACCAACAAAAUAUAUUGUGUUGUAUGUCUAAAAAAAAAAAACAAAAAAGAAAAAUGAAUAAAUAUAAUCGUAUACCAAUUUUAUAA